UUCCGCAACUUCACAGUAAAAGCAAACAUGGAAAUUCUUGCUGCGGUUCAUCUGUUUACGCUGCAUUUGUUGAACUGGACCUUAAAGAAUGAAGAGCUAGAAAACGAACUGAACAUUCUUAUUAAAAUGCUUCCAGACUGGCAACCUUUCGAAAAGAAUCUCUAUUUCUUUUCUACAACACGAAAAAAUUGGUAUGCUGCUCGUGAUGACUGUAUGGCAAGGAAUAGUGCAGAUUUGGUUUCUUGUAGAUAUGGUGAAGAACAAAUGUAUAUAGAUGAAAAGUCAGUUGAAAAUCAGGAGGACUACUGGAUUGGACUCUAUAAGAACAGUAGUGUUACCAAUGGACUGUUAUGGACAGCUGGAUAUCAUGCAGGAACUUUGUACUGGAGUGAUGGUCAACCCAAUGGUGGAAAUAGAGAACGCUGCAUUUCCAUCCACUCUAGCGGCACAGUUAAGGCCCUUUGGCAUGAUGAUCUUUGUGGCAGCCGAAGAGCCUAUAUUUGUAAGAUGAGCCCAAAGAGUGUGUGGUUCUACUAGCUAAUUCAAGACGGUGGAAAUUGAUUAUAAGGUCUCCCAACUCAUCUGCAUUGUGUUAAUAAAUGCAUUGUGGG